AUGAUAUAAACCCCUUCACCAUCAUAUAAUGAUAACUCAGCUUCCCAUUAAACUAAUCAAAGACAGUUGUCCUUAAAAAAAAAAAACCAGAACCACAACAAAAACAAAUUUCCAUCUCCGUUUCCAUCAAUCAAUUCGCUUGAUUCAAUUCAGUCUUUGAUUAUCCAAUCCGCCCUGACGGUCGAAUCUUCAGUCAGCCUCUAAAUUUGACUAUAAUUUUUUUUUUCCCUCGUUCGCGAAAAUAGCCUGAGAGAAAAAAAAGGAGAAAAAUGGAAACGGAAAUUCAAUUGAAUUCGAGAAGCCAUUUCAAGCUGUGGAGCGAGCUGGAAUUGCAGGAGUUCGCCGAUAAGUUCGCGAUCAGAUCCGUUGAAUCGCCGGAGGAAGGCUUCUCGAUAAGCCGGCUGGACGGAAACAUUGACAAGCUGAACGGUGAUGACUCUUCUGGAAAGCCUUCCAAAGUCUCGACUAUAUAUGGGGUUGUUGGAACAAUAAAGUUGCUAGCAGGUACAUAUAUUCUGGUUAUAACGUCUAGGAAGGAAGUUGGAACUUAUCUUGGUUAUCCUGUUUAUCUUGUCACAUCAAUGAAGUUCCUGUCCUGCAACGAAGCUUCAAGGUUCUUAACUAGUCAAGAAAAAAGAGAUGAGGACUAUUUUAUGACUCUGUUGAAGGUAGUGGAAUCAACUCCAGGCUUGUAUUACUCUUAUGGAACAGAUAUGACAUUAAGCUUGCAGAGGAGAUACAAGCUGCCACAAGGAUGGGAGAGUAGUCCAAUUUGGAAGCAGGGUGAUCCUCGAUUUGUUUGGAACAGGAACUUAUUCGAGGAGCUUAUUGAGAACAAGGUUAGCAAAUGUCUCCUCCUGAACUUUCAGACUGGCGAAAUGAAGCUGAAAAAUUCAACUGCUGUUAUAAAAUUAGUUUCUCGGAGGUGUACAAGGCGGCUAGGGACAAGAAUGUGGAGAAGAGGAGCUAAUCUAGAAGGAGAUACUGCUAAUUUUAUAGAAACUGAGCAGCUGCUAGAGUGUGAAGGCCAUAUUUUCUCUUUUCUGCAGGUCCGGGGUUCAAUUCCACUUCUGUGGGAGCAAAUUGUGGAUUUGAGCUACAAACCACGGCUCAAUAUAAUCAACCACGAACAGACUUCAACGGUUGUGGAACGCCAUUUUAAUGAUCUUCUGAAAAGAUAUGGAGGAUGCAUUGUGGUUGACCUGACUGAUAAGCACGGAGACGAAGGUUUGUUGAGUUCGGCCUAUGCAGAAGAGAUGCAGAAGCUUCCGCACGUGAGGAAGAAUUGUAAGACAUGGGAGCUUUCCACCUCUUAUGGCAAAAUUAGAAUCUGGUAUGUGCCGUUUGACUUCCACCAGUUAUGCAGCAAUGGAAACUUGGAAAACAUACACCUCCUGUAUGACCAAAUAGCAGAGGACUUCGAGAAGCAAGGAUACUUCCUUUUAGAUUCUCAAGGGAAGAUUGUAAUGGAACAGGGAGGAGUAAUUAGAUCUAACUGCAUCGAUUGUCUCGACAGAACAAAUGUUACACAGAGUUACCUCGCGCAGAAAUCCCUAAAUUCCCAGCUCCAAAGAGUUGGCGCAAUCUCUCCAACCGAAUGUAUUUCGAUGUUCAUUGAAGAUUUUGAAAUUUUCAAGACGUUAUGGGUGGAGCACGGGGAUGAGAUAAGCCUCGAGUAUUCCGGGACCCAUGCACUGAAACGAGACCUUGUGAGAUUUGGGAAACAGACAAUGUCUGGUAUUAUCAAAGAUGGUAUGAGUGCCCUUUCAAGGUACUACCUGAAUAAUUUUCAUGACGGAGAUGCCAUUGAUCUUAUCAGUGGACGUUAUACUGUGAACAGAAACGGUCCAUCUCCUUCACAACCUAAAGUUUACGAAUCCAUUUCUUAUCUCCCUGUUGCAUCAGCUUUAGUAAUUGGAGGGUUAACAUGGACAUCAAUCACAGUAAACCAAGCUGGAAGAAAUGCGCAGCACGUUCUAUCUUCUAUGGUUUGUGCUGGUGUAGCUGCUGGCUUGAUGGCAAUAAUUAAAGCCAAUGGACGACAAAUUUGUUCAAAGCCUCGUUUGUGUGGUUUGUUCUAAAAGACAAGAGUCCUUGCUGACUUUGUAUAAAGAGGUCCUCUGUGGUUCAACUUCACGCAACCUAUCAUACAACAAUUGACAAGGUUUUUCUAUUUCUCGACAAGAAAAAGGCAUGUCAAUUACAACGAGUGAGUUGCAUAAAGUGGAUUCUGUUGAUCUACGAAAGUGAGUUCAAUUCCUUGGGAUACUAAACUAAAUAUAUGUUGUCCAUAAACUACUUCACUAUGCAAAUGGAGAAUGCAAAUCGAAUGCCACACAGAAAGUAAUCCGAAAUAAAAGCAUCCGAAUAGCAAAAUCAAAAAGCGAAUGGGAAUGCUUGAUAGAUAGAAGUUUUUAUGUAAUUUUUUGAAUUUUUAGUAUAAUUCUACUCGUUAAGAGAGUCAAACUCGAGCGUCUUAAAUUUAAAGGGUUCAAGCUCAAUUCAACUCGAUUACUCGAGGUCGGAUUGACUCGAUAUUAGCUCUACUUAUAUGGUUGUGCAGUUGGAAUAUUGGAUAUCAUAUUAUUUUGAUUUUUUUUUUCUUAUGGAGGAGAAUAUUGAUAUUAUUUGCAAAAUAAACCAUCUAAAUCACCCACUACUACUUUGGAGACAUUUUUAUUUUCUU